CCUUUUACUCUCAUAUCUGGGCUAUUACUGGCGCACCCCUUGCGUUUGCUUGUUGCACCCCAAUUUUGUUGAUCUAAUUGUACAUGACCUCUACUCUCUACAAAAACCACCGUCUGCCGCCGUUGAAGUUCGUUUCCGGUCCCUAUCGAACCUAGGUCAGAUACAAAUUCCUCUCACCGAGACCUUCCUCUUCCACCUAAUUCUUCAUGUGAUAUCAUCGCUAUUCAUCUCACGUUUGAUUCCGUCGUCAUUUGGCCACACCCUUCCCAACGCAUCCAUCACAGACCCACUUUCUUACCAAACCGGUGACCAGACUCAGUGGAACUAUUAUAAGGUAAACUGAAUGAAUGUGGUCUUUCUUAUGGAUUUUAUAUAUGUCAUAAAUAUUUUUAUGGAUUUUACUUUUCAAUUGCUUCAAACUCUUUACACUCUCUGAUACGAAAACAACUGUGUUCUGGAAAUAGCUGAUGUCUUAUUCCCGUGGCCGCGAUUUCUUGUUCUGUCACUUGUGUGGGACUAUGCUCGCGGUUCCCUCAACUGAAUAUGCACAAUGCCCCUUGUGCAAAACCAGGAAAAACAUUAGGGAUAUUAAAGGGAAGGAAAUAAGUUACACAAUUUCUGCUGAGGAUAUCAGAAGAGAACUAGGAAUCGAUUUAAUCGAAGAACAGAAGGUUCAAUUGUCUAAGGUCAACAAGACAUGUGAAAAAUGUGGUCAUGGUGAAGCUACCUUUUAUACAAGACAGAUGAGAUCAGCAGAUGAAGGGCAAACUACUUUCUACACAUGCACCCGUUGUGGUCAUCAGUUUCAGGAGAAUUAAGUUGGAACCGUGUAUGAACAGAUUGUCUACACUCUUUAUUUUCUUUUUUGUGCCAUUGGCUGAAGUCUGCCCCCAACCAAACCUUAAUUUGGAGAUCGUUGUCUAUGCAAGUGGAAGUUUCGAUCCUAUGCAGUUUGUACAAUGAUGGAUAUUCUGAAAAUCAUAUAUUACUGAAAUAGCCAUAGAUGAUUUUUUUUGGCUGUUAAAUAUAAAGUACUUCUGGUGGCUGUUGGCUCUUAGUUGCAUAUGCACAUAAACCACCUUUUUUCUAUUUUUCCGCACCAAAUUUUGAUUGAUUUUCCUGUAUUUCUCAGGUACCUGCGUUGUCUCGGUUUUAUUUCAUUGAAUGUAUUUGAAAGAGAAACUGAUUUACACCA